ACUUCACCACUUCCCACAUAACUCUUGUGCCGCUUAUUUUUUAGUUUUAGUUUGUUUUGUUCCUUACACAAGUCUAUCGUAUGACUUUAGAAGACCGGCAUUUUAACAAUCUGGGCAGAAAUAAGCGAAAUUAGUGUACAUUCUCCGUAACGGCACUUUACGUGCAAUUAAAAUUGGAAAGAGAAGAAAGAAAUGCAAAGAGAUUUGAAAUGAGGAGACACGUGGUUUCUCUGGUAAAGACGAACAUUCCUUUUAUUGUGCUGGACUUUUUUCCCAUCUUGGAGCCCAGGAGGAGUGCAAGCUCCCCGGAACAAGCCUGGGAGGUUAAAUGUACUCUGCUCACCAAAAUGACUUUUGUGCUGCUCCAAAGGAGAAGCCUGUCACAGCUGAGCAAGAAUUUAUCUUGUUAGCACCUGUAUCGAUGUGGACACUUUCUCUGUGGAGAUGGAGGAAGGCUCAUUUGCAAAGCGCCAGGAUGCCAGAACCUCUCUUCCUCAGUUUGAGGAUGAGAGGCCUCUCUUUCACAGUAAUCAGAUGCCACCAGGUCCUUCUGAGCCAUUUCUGCUGUCAGGAAGUGAUGUAAAAGUUCCAUACACCAUCAAUCGUUAUUUACGUGACUACCAGCGAGAAGGCAUAAAAUUCAUCUAUCAUAGCUAUGCCAAAUCUAGAGGAUGCAUUUUGGGUGAUGACAUGGGUCUUGGAAAGACUGUUCAGGUCAUCGGCUUCCUGGCUGCAGUUCUGCGGAAAACAGGUACAUGGAAAGAUGUCGAAAAUAAUAAGCCACAGUUUUUGCUGUCACAGAAGCCAACAGAACAAGUUCAGAAGGUUUUCCUCAUUGUGGCUCCACUCUCUGUUCUCUACAACUGGAAAGAUGAGUUAGACACGUGGGGUCAUUUCAGAGUGGUGGUCGUGCAUGGUGUGAGGAAGGAUGAAGAGUUGGCGCGUGUGCAGAGAGGAAGAUGUGAGAUUGCUCUUACAACUUAUGAGACCCUUAGACUCAGUUUGGACCAGUUUAACAGUAUUGAUUGGGCUGCCGUUAUCGUUGAUGAAGCUCACAAAAUAAAGAACCCAAAGUCCCAGAUCACUCAGGCCAUGAAGGACAUGAGAUGUAAAGUGAGGGUUGGACUGACAGGAACAAUCCUUCAGAACAACCUGGAGGAAUUGUGGUGUGUUAUGGACUGGGCCAUUCCUGGAUGCCUGGGUUCUCCGGUGGGUUUUAAAAACAGGUUUUCGGACCCCAUUGAGCAUGGACACAAGCACACCGUGACAAAAAGAGCUCUAGCAGAAGGCCGUAAAGCAGUUCAGGACCUUGCCAAAAGACUCUCACACUGGUUCCUCAGGAGAACAAAGGCCCUCAUCAGUGACCAGCUACCUAAGAAAGAUGAUCGAGUGGUCUAUUGCUCUCUCACAGAUUUCCAGCGGAAGGUGUAUCGUGCUGUGCUGGACACAGACGAUGUGACCCUGUUGUUGCAGAGUUCAGGAAAGUGUCACUGUGGCAGUGGCCGUCCGAGGAAGAAGUGCUGCUACAAACUGAAUGCAGACGGUGUGCCGGUUAGAUACCUGUACUUCAGUUAUAUGGCUAUCCUCAGAAAGGUGGCCAAUCAUGUUGCACUACUGCAGUCCAAAGAAGGAAGCAGCAAAAAACAGGAGAAAUAUGUGACAGCCAUUUGUGAACAAGUUUUUAGGAAAUUUCCAGAUUUCACAGGGAGGUGCAAACAAGCAGCCUUUGAAGCAAUGUCUGACCCCAUGUACAGUGGAAAAAUGAAGGUUCUGCAAAAGCUACUCAACCACUUUAUCGCAAAGAAAGACAAAGUUCUACUCUUCUCUCUCUCCACCAAGCUGUUAGAUGUUCUAGAAAGUUAUUGUAUGGCCGAGGGCCUGGAGUACCACAGACUGGAUGGAAACACCAAAUCUAAGGACCGAGUUAAGAUAGUGAAAGAGUUCAACAGCUCUCGGGAUGUCAACCUGUGUCUGGUGUCUACCUUGGCGGGUGGGCUUGGUCUCAACUUCGUUGGAGCGAAUGUUGUUGUGUUGUUUGAUCCAACAUGGAAUCCUGCCAAUGAUCUCCAGGCUAUUGACAGGGUGUAUCGUAUUGGCCAGUGCAGGGAUGUGACUGUUUUUAGACUUAUCUCUUUAGGAACAGUAGAGGAGAUCAUAUAUCUGCGCCAGAUUUACAAACAGCAACUUCAGUCAUCAGUCAUAGGCCAGGAGAAUGCUAGACGCUACUUUGAGGCUGUUCAGGGAACCGACGGCCAGGCAGGAGAGCUGUUUGGCAUCCGAAACCUUUUUCGUUUGCAGACUGAUGGCACCUGUCUUACCCACCGCAUCCUGGAGAGGGAGGGCCGGGUGGAGGUGGGGAUCAUGACGGCCAGAACUCAAGCUCUGGAUGAGAGGUUGCAGGAGCCAGAUCUUCAGUCAGCAGAUGCUGCUACUGAGAGAGCAGGUGGAUCAGCUGGUGCUGGGUUUAAACCCGCUGGAGUGUUGGACUUCAGCAGUGCAAGUGAGGAUGAAGAUCCCUGCUGCUCCAGGCCCAGGCCCUCAAAAGCACACACAGGAGAAGAGGGGGGAGCUGGUACUGCCUGCAUUGGCAAUAUGGGCCUGUAUGGUCUGCUCCAGAGACAAAUGGCUCAGAGAGAACGGCAGGAGACGGACAGUGACGAGGACUCUAGUAGUCAGAGUCAGGAUGAGGACUACUGUGAAAAACUCACCAUGAUUAAGGGACAAACAUCUAAGACACGGGAUCUGUUUGUUGAAUCCAAGGACAGGUUGGAAGGAGUCAUUGAUGGUAAACAACAGAAAAAAUCAGCAGACCUUGAGCUCCUUCCAACAAGUUCACAUAAACACAACAAAGACAGCAUGACUGCUUGCAAGAAUCGUUUUCACAAAAGGGUGAAGUUUGCAGAAAAAAGAUCUGAAGAUGAUAUUGAAAGUUUUAACUCAUCAGAAGAUGAAGUUCCCCAGGAAGGCAUGAGAAACACUGGAACGCUGGACUCGUUAUUAGGUGGACUUCAGCAGGUGAGCUACACCCAUUCUAAUCAGAAGGUAGUGGGCUCCAGCAGAGCAGAAGACCGCCUGAGUCACGCUGCCGUACGAGAUGUGUUUGAACUCAACAAGCACUCGCAGCUUCUUGCAAACCAGCUUCCGGACUCAUCAGAGACCCAGUCAUCUGAUCCCGUACUUACAGAUCACGUUGAUGGAGGUCAGACACUGCAGGAAUAUGGCAGACCCCACAAUGAACAUCCGGUCAAACACAACAUCAAAACUUCUUACCGCCAGAACAAUGUCACUGUCAUAGUGGGCGAGACACCCAGUAGCAUGUGCAGACAGCAGUUAGAAGACAUGGCUCAGUUCUUUGGAUUUGACUCUGUGCGGGACUUUGCAGAAGAGAUUCUGAAGAACGAUUCAGAGCAGAGACUGAGCCGAUUACAGAGUUUCUACAGCCAGAAGAGCCCUGAACUUAGGAACAUCGUCAGAAAGACCUUUCCUAAACCCAUUGAGCCAGAGCCGCCCACCUCACCAUCACCUCCAUCUAAAGCCAGACACAGACCUACCUCAAAAAGAGCCCACCCAAACUCCCUUCUUAAACCUCAAGUUGAGGGACCAACCCCUGAAGUUGAGGAUGGAAGAAAAACAUCAAAGAAAAAGAAAGUGGGUGAAACAGAAACCUCUGAGGUUCACCUGCAUUGCAGUGCAGACCUCACAAACAAUAAAGUUAAGAUGUCCUCCACAGACAAAUUCUCAUCAUCAACUUCUGGACAUGUUCCUCAAAGGAGCUGUGCACCAGUAGAAGAAGAUAAAACCAACAUUGCUACUUCCUCACAACAUUUCAAGGACAAGGAACACGUUAUAUGGUCAUCUUGCGUCUCUACAGAUGGUUGUGUUGCAUCAAGCUCAACUCAGACCAGCAGCUCCUCCCAAAUCACUGAUCUUAUAGGUGACACAUCCAUCCUGGAUGACUUGUUCAAGUCAAAGAGGAAAACUGUGGACCAAGCUAGAGAUGUGAAAGCAUCUGCAUGCACAGAAAGAGCAAAAAGUAAAGGAAAAGACUUUUGGGACAUUUUGAAUGAGGGAAAUGAGGAGAGCAUUAACAAACUCACAGAUCUGACAGAGGUGGAGAAGAUCUGCAACAGUGCCAGUGUCUCUGCGAAGUCUAGGAGUAAUCAGAAAACUGAAAACUCGCAGCUUUGGAAAAGAAAUGAGAAAUUUCUCUGGAAACUAUAGUUUUCAAAUUCCUUCAAUGUCUUUCUUUUUUAUUGUAUUAAUAUAUUUUAAUGAGUAUUUAUAAUGUUAUGUUUUAUUGCAAGUGCAGGCUUUUUAUUUAAGUCCAUUUGUUUUUAUUUCUUUUUAAUUUAAAUUUUUUUUAUUUUAUUUGUGUUUUUGUUUCUCAGGAUUCAGUAGGUUUCACAGUAUAAUUGACUGUCAGUUAAUGCUUUUAUCCUUGUUUUAUUAAUGAUAUUAGAGUUCAUGUUUUGAUGAAGGCACAAAGGAGGCAAUUUAAAUUUUUCCCAUAAAAGGAGAAUUUAGCUAUUGAAAAUAACAAUAUGGAGAAAAAAAAAGAAUAUUACAAUAAAGUAACAUUGACAAAAA